UCGAUAAAGAAGUUCGCGUUCAGUCGAUUUUUUUUUUGUGUUUGCUCCAAUAUUUACAGCUGUGUUGCGACGUUGGCGAACAAACGUCGCCAAAAUAAAAAAAAAUCGCUGCAAAAAUUUAAUUUCUAACCCGAGUCAUUAAUAGCUUGCGCUCGCGAUGGACGAUAUAAACAGUCGUAAAAAUUUCCAACGCAAUCGUACCUUUGCCAAAUAUGAACAACGUCGUUGGAGUGUCUUAAACGAUAAUCAUUCAAAGUCGGAAUUGUAUAUGAACAACAUUGGCUCCAAGGCAACACAAGAUGUAUCCACUUCCAACAUGGAUAUAUCCAAAACUUCAAUUAUGGAAGAGAAAUCAGAAAUGCGUUUAAAACCCCUAUCUAUGGGCGACAAAAAUCUAUCAACCAGCUCUCCCAUGCUUGAUAAAACUUCUCAAGAGGGUUGUGUGACACCCAAAACACCGGAACCCUCUCUCUUGGGUGUUAAGGAAAAACUUAUUCUCUUUGAAAAGAAAUUAAAAUCGGAUGUUUGGAUAAGUUUUACGGCAGCCAGAGGCAAAGGAAUUGAAAGGGGAACAAAUCUACGGAAAUUUAUUUCAAAAUGGGAAAUUGGUCCAACGAAGCCAGCUGAGAAAUCUACUUCGACAUUUUAUCUUAAUUCGGAGGAGGCGAGAGAGCCGGAGAAUGGGGCGAAGAUUGGCAGGCACAAUUGGAAUUCCACGCUAUGUUUGAAUACGUAUCAAGGCAAAUCGGAGAAAACGGUUAAUGUUUUUGAAAAUCACGGUUUUUCUUAUGAAUUAGGAAACAAGCAGAAUUCUGCUGGAGAACCCAAAACUGAGGACAUUGGUAAUGGUAGGAUUGACGCUGAAGUUGCUAGCUCUUCAUAUAUGUUUGAUACUACUGUGGGACUUAAUACUGAAGUGGAAAACUUGUCUACAAAAACCAAAUCAAUAGAAUUUCUGAAUAAAAUGUACACAACAACGGAACAAAAAUCUCAAACAUUUGGAGAUUUUGAAAAUCGCGAGGAGAUUAAGACUCGAGAAGAAGAAAAACAGGAAUCUAAAUCAGAAAAAGAACAACUAGAAUCUGGGGCGGAAUAUCAAAAGGAACCUGAUACAGCUGAAGAAUCUAAUGAUAUUGCAGAAAAAUAUUUUUCCAAUAAAUUGAACGAUACUCAGCAGAUUGAAUCGAAUAUUGAAGUCAAGAGUAUGAAAAGGGAAGAGUCAGUCAAAGAAACCCAGACACCUAGUUCUCCAAAUAACUACGAAAAUGAAAGGGAUUUCACAAGGAAGUUAAUAAGAGAAAUAGAUUCAAUUAAAUAUCUGGGUUCCGCCGAAAUUAAAGAUGAUAUUUCGGCAAAAGAUUUUAAGAAUCAAACCCAAUCGCCAACAAUUUCGUCGGAUCCAAUUGCAUUGCCUUUGAUUGGAAAUAAUUACACACAUCCACCACUGUUUGAAUUUUCUACGAGUAAGGGCGAAGUUAGAAAUUCUACCAGUCAGGAAGUUGACAAUUUGUCGGAUGCUGAUCAAUAUAAUAAACCAUUGACCCCAACAACACCGAAGAAAGAACAAGUUAUAAACCUAGAGCCAGAGAAUGUGAUUCUGACGAACGCAUCGGAUUCAAAAUACAAAAGUACCGGUAAUCAAUUGGAUUUGAAUAAUGGAUUGGAAAAUUCAAUUUAUGGGAAGAACGGCGGAAAUGCAACUCAAAAAAGUUUCCUAUUUCCCAUUUCUGUACCAAAGGUACCAGAGGAAGUUCGUAACAAAAGAUUCCUGACGCCGGCUUUCAUUAAAUUUAUGGGCUUAGAUGAUGAGUCGGAGAGUGAAGAGAAAAAGGCUACCAAGUUACAGACGAAUAAAGAACCGCAGAGUGCUGAGAAGACACUCGACAAUUUACCAAGGGCGGAAGAAGCUGAAAUCAAGGAAGAAGUAGACCUAAUAACGAGUCAAAUCGAUACUGUUUCAGUGAACGAUACAGUAUCAAACAAAGCCACAGAACAGCAAGCAGAGCAAAUUAUUAAAGCGCUACCAACUGAAAUAAAAAUCACCAAGAAGGAGAAGACUCUACCAGAACAUUUGGAACGAAGGAAGGAAAUUAGGCGAAGGAAAAGGCCCAAAACCAUUGCAAGUUGUCAACCCAGCAGGGAUCAGAUGGGAGCAGAUAAAGAAAAUGUGACUGAAUUGGAAUCCAGGAGAAAAGAUUUUGCAAGCAAGCAAAGAGUUUCCUUCGAAGACCAAUCUCAGCCUUAUGGAGAAGAUGACGAUGAUUUUCAGCAGAAUGAUUUCGCAAGUCCUGUAAUGUUUACAAAUAAAAUUUCUUCCCGCAAGGAAGUUCCUAUGGUAGUUAGCAAAAGGGAUUCCAUCAGCGAGUUGCAAACGAAAACUGUAACGGAUGAGUUGUUAUCUGAAGUCGGUAAAAGACCCAAGCGCAGGCAUAUUACCAGACAACAAAGCAGAGAUGAUCAAAGUAUAGGGGCGAAAUAUGUUGAAAGGAAGCAGGACAUUGAUGAUGAUUCAAGCAAAACAAAGUCCCUGGUUAUCAUUAAAAAUGGUACAUAUCAAACUAUGGAUCCGCCUUCCGACAAAUACCAUUCCCUUAAACCUGAGCCGAGGCCCAUUGAGGUGUUACCAUCUGCGGAAUUCUGUGCGAAGGGUAUGGAACACAUACAACCCAUAUUGGAGGAAUUAAUCAAAACCGAGGAGUCCUAUGUCGAAAGUAUCUGGAAAGGUUUGAAAAACUAUGGCAAUGUAUUCGAACAACGUGAUCUUCCCAGAGGAAUGAAGGGUAAAAAAUAUGUGCUCUUUGGAAAUAUUGAACAGAUUGCCGAAUUCCAUAGAGAUGUUUUCCUGCCAAUGCUGUUGAGGAAUCGCAACAAUAUCAAGAAAUUAUUUGAUGAGUUUCAACGAUAUAUUGAGGAAGAUUAUUUUUAUGCCUACGUCCUGUAUGCCAUGAACAAUCAGAGAUCUCUGGAAUUGUGUAAUGAAAAUAAGAAGUUCUUCAAGACAAUGCAAGCGAAAUGUGAGGAUAAUUUGGGUAUCAAUAGUUUCCUGCUACAACCAAUACAACGUAUUCCAAGGUACUCGCUGAUGCUCAAGGAAUUUAUAAAGAAACUAUUCGAUAAAUAUCCCAUGAAACCCCUCAUCGAUUCCUGUUGCCGUUUGGAUAGACGUUUACAGAUUCUCCUGAAUGCCAUUAACAAAUCGGAGGUUAUAAACGAUGUGGAUUGUAUUAGUGAAACACAUGAGUUCAACAUUUUCUAUCAGGGUAAAUUUCGCGAUGUGGCCGAAUUCAAUUGCCACGAUUUCACACUGAAGCGUAACUAUCGUUCGAAACUUUUCAUCUAUGAAAAAUGCAUUAUCUACACGGAAGUUAAGCGCAAACAGUUGGUAUUUCGUGGCCGUUAUCCCAGAGAACAUUUGGGCAUGACCAUGCAAAAUAAAUCCUUUACUUUGUACUAUGAUCGCCUGAAGCAGCAAGAGUGUGAAUUUGUAGGCGAUCCGGCUUUGGUGAGACAAUGGCAGGAUUUAAUACGUGACAUCAUCAAUGCCUAUGCGGUGGAGGAGAAGGCCCGCCUGCAGGAAUUACACAAUCCAGAGGUGGUGCAUAGGCGGCAAAGACGUGCAGCAAAUCUAUCAUUAUUCCGCGAUUCAAAUCGCUUUAGCACUGAUAGUGGUAUUAGUAAUACUUAAAUGUUAUAGUAGGUUUACAUUAGAGCGGUUUUGCUGGAUUAAAACAUCCUUAGUGGGGAUUUAUUUGGCAUUCAUGCCAUGUAAUUGGUAAUAUAAAUCCAUAAGGUUUAAUAAAUCCGGAAAACUGUAAACGUUGUAUUAGAUACACAAACUCAUUAUCACAUUCGAGGCAGAACUUUA